AUGAAGUUCGGUCAGCAGCUCCGCCAGUCCUUGAUCAAGGACUAUUACUGGCACUACAUUGCUUAUGACGACCUCAAAGCCGCCCUCAAGAAGCCCUUCGUUAAUGGCAAAAGUGGCGAGCGCGAGUCGUGGACCGACGACGACGAAGCCAACUUUAUUCGGUUGCUGGAGGCCGAGCUGGACAAGGUCUUUACGUUCCAGAAGCUCAAGAGCCAGGAGAUAAUAUCAAGGAUCAAGGCGGCCGAGUCCGAAGUCAAACAGGUGGUCGAACGGCAAGAGCGCCAGAAUCAGAAUGGCUCAGAAGCCGACGAGGAGCUCGAGAACGAUUUCGACCUACUAGAAGCCGACCUUUCCGACAUUAUCGCUGACGUUCAUGACCUGGCCAAAUUCACACAACUGAACUACACGGGGUUUCAGAAGAUCAUUAAGAAGCAUGACAAGCAAACCCAGUUGAUCCUACGUCCUUCCUUCGCGACCCGCCUCAAAGCAAAGCCCUUCUUUCAAGACAACUAUGAUGCCUUUAUCGUCAAGCUCUCGAAACUCUACGACCUGGUCCGCACGCGGGGCAACCCGGUAAAAGGAGACAGCAGCGCCGGCGGUUCCCAGCAGAACUUUGUCCGUCAAACAACCAAAUACUGGGUCCAUCCGGACAAUAUCACAGAGUUGAAGCUCAUCAUCCUCAAGCAUUUACCUGUCUUGGUCUUCAACCCCAACAAGGAGUUUGAAGAAAAGGAUUCUGCCAUCUCAUCCAUCUACUACGACAACCCGGAAACAUGGGAGCUGUAUAUGGGUCGUCUCAAGAAGACCGAAGGCGCCGAGGCCAUCCGCCUUCGAUGGUACGGUGGCAUGGAAAACGAGACCAUCUUCGUGGAGAGGAAGACUCAUCGCGAAGAUUGGACAGGGGAAAAGUCUGUCAAAGCCCGGUUCACGCUGAAAGAGAAGAAUGUCAAUGCUUUUUUGAACGGGACAUUGACCGUGGACGAGGUCUUUGCGAAGAUGCGAAAGGAGGGAAAGAAGAGUGCCAAGGAGAUUGACGACCUCGAACAGCUCGCUCGAGAGAUCCAAUACCGUGUUAUCAGCCGGAAACUCGUCCCCGUGACCAGGUCUUUCUACCACCGCACGGCGUUCCAGCUUCCAGGUGACGCCCGUGUGAGAAUAUCAUUGGACACCGAAUUGACCAUGGUCCGCGAAGAUAAUCUUGAUGGCCGACAGCGCGCCGGUAAGAACUGGCGACGAAUGGACAUUGGGAUCGACUGGCCCUUUCCCCAGCUGCCUGCGGAGGAUGUUGAACGAUUCCCUUACGCCGUCCUUGAAGUCAAGUUGCAGACCCAAGCCGGCCAAGAACCACCUCAGUGGAUUCGAGACUUGACGGCAAGCCAUCUGGUCGAAGCUGUCCCCAAGUUUUCGAAAUUCAUCCAUGGCACCGCCACCCUUUUCCCUACCCGCAUCAAUCUUCUUCCGUUCUGGUUCCCCCAGAUGGACGUUGACAUUCGGAAACCUAUCACCCACCGCUUCGGCAUUGAACGACCUGCCAAUACAGCCAGCUACUCAACCAGUGAUGUCGAUGAGGACGAGUAUGAUUCAGACGAUCCAUCAGCUGAGGCUCAGACCACUGGAAAGACCACACCCAUGUUUGAUCCGUCUGAGGAGACCGACGAUGAAGGGACAAGACGCUUGAAGGCCGCACGACGAGCACUCGACGAGCAUAGUCGGGCUCAGAACCGAGACGCCGUAGAAGACAGCUAUGCGGCACCUGGCAACUCUUUAGACGAAGAAGAAAGAGUCGCGGCCAUACGUGUUUCGGACGAGUAUCUGUACGACUCGGAAGAAGAAGAUGCUGAAGACGAGCUCGAACAAGCCCGCCAGUCCAGCUCGUGGAAAUAUUACCCCUUGUUUCUGAAGCAGCAGGCUCACCUGGUUGGCGAUCGUGUGCUCAACCUCUUCCAGAAAAUCCCUGCAACCACCCGUUUACCACAGAACGGAGGCAUUGCCGGCGGCAGAAACCAGCUCACCGGGCAAGUCCAAGUGAAACGCUUCAAGGCGCCCAAGGGCAAACGCAUCCAUGUGCCCGUUCGUGUGGAACCAAAGGUUUACUUUGCUGCCGAACGCACCUUUCUCUCGUGGCUGGAAUUCAGUAUCAUCAUCGGCUCCAUUGCAGCGGCGCUUCUAAAUUUUGGAGAUAAUGUGAGUUUGAUUUCCGCCUGGGGGUUUACGAUUGUCGCUUCCGCAGCAUUGAUAUAUAGUGUUGUCAUUUAUUAUUUGCGGGUGCAGAUGAUUCGCAAGAGAAGGGCCAGUGUGUCGAGGUACUAUGAUAAAUAUGGGACAACGGCGUUAUGCUUGGGGUUGCUUGCCGCUACCGGGGUUACAUUUGUCUUUCGCAUUAAGGAGGAUGGAUGGUUCCAGCAGACCUGA